AUGGUCAAAGGGCUGAUCCGGCUGGCUUUGAUGCAUUAUCAUAUUGCCUUUGGCGGUUGCGUCGGGAGUAUUCGCAGCUGCUUUGGAAUUGAUCGAAAUACUGAUUGCAUUCACCCGAGUACGCAACGAGUUAGCGCCAUGCCGCACACCAGUUCUAUCACAUAUCUACCGCUUCCGAGCUGGCUAGAAGCCUCUGUCGAAGAAGCACGAAGCGCAACUUCCAACACAGUGGUCUCUGAUUCACAACGAUGGGCUUUUGAAUUUGAACUACCUGUUAAUGAGGGUGUUAAACGGGUGGUGGAUGAGGCGAAGAAAGUCUAUCUGGUGUGCAGCAACACUCUUCGGGAAUAUUGA